CAAUUAUUGCAUAGAUUGUAAUUCAUCAUCUUGUAGGGGCCUUCCACGCUGUGCAGUCAGUUCAACCUUAAGUCAAAAUUUACGAUGCGACCGCUAACGGAAGAGGAGACAAAAGCAGUGUUCGAGAAGCUUUAUAAAUUUAUUGGAAAGAACAUCAAAAAUUUAAUCGACCGCCCCAACGAGCCGUACUGUUUUCGAUUGCACAAAAGCAGGAUUUACUACGUCAAGGAAAAACUCAUGAAAAAGGCCACAAAUGUAGCUCGGGACAAGCUCAUCGCCCUCGGGACAUGCGUAGGGAAGCUGACGCACACAGGGAAAUUCCGCCUGACCAUUGGGGCGCUCGACAUCAUUUCACAAUAUGCCAAAUACAAGAUCUGGGUGAAGCCAUCCGCUGAGAUGCAGUUCUUGUACGGGAACAAUGUCCUGAAGAGCGGCCUGGCCCGCAUCACAGAGAACACGCCCACCUACACGGGUGUGGUAAUCUAUAACAUGGCCGACAUUCCUCUGGGCUUUGGUGUCACGGCCAAGUCCACCAACGAGUGUCGCAACCUAGAUCCGAACUCGGUGGUGGCUUUCCACCAGGCUGACUGCGGCGAGUUCCUUCGCGCCGAGGACGAGUUGUGAGGCAUCUGGUCAAGAGAGGUCUCUGGGAUGCGGCUGUUUGGCGACGAGACGGGGUGUAGCUUGCGGGCGGUAGCUCGAUGCAUUCGGCAGGAUGCAGACUGGAUCUUGGAUAUGUACACCGGUUGCCCUCUUAGGAGAUAGCAGCCUUGCGCAUCGAUUAUAAUGCGAUCUGGCACGUUUUCAACCCGUAGAAACCUUCAAUGUGUCAUGCAAUGAUUGUUAACUAAACUGACCAGGUUAGUGAUUACGCAACUGCUUUCCAGACUCUAAUAAUGUGUUACCCUUGUGCGUUACACCAAAAGUGUAACGGAUUAAAUG